CAACACUCUAGCUCCGAUUCCGCCGUUCUUUGACCAACAGUAUCGAUGGAUGAAUUUAUCAACGCCAGGUAAAGUACGCCCAGGAGUUUGACAGAUUAUAUUGUUAACCAAUUGAUUGACCUACCGACGCUGUCAAAUACUCUACGCACGACUCCUACACGUUCACAGCCUCACCUUGGCAUAAAUGUCGGAUGUCCAUCCGGACGAGCGACGAAGAAGCCCAACAUCUCCCCCUCCCCCUUUACCCUACAUUCCCAGCCUCGACAAUUUAUAAUGCCCAAUAAUUUCAUCCUGGUCGUGCGCCUUGGGGUCUUUGCCCUCUCGUGCCUUCUUUCCCUGCCCGUUAUUGCCUUGUGUGUCCAUACCGGCAUCUUGGCCAUCUGGUAUGAGGAUGGAUUCUACUUUUUCCAAAGGUUCGGUGUGGCAGCUGCUGGUUUAACGUUACUAAUGUGCAUCAUAUUUGGGAUAACCGGCCUUGUAUCGAAGAAUGCGUGGAUAAGUUGGAACGUUGUGGAGGUGCCAAUCAUAGUCGGAAUAUCUGCAAUAUGGCUCGCUCAAGCUAUUAUCAUGGACGAGUGGAUCGCAUUUUUCCGGGUGAACUGGCGCUAUGAUAAUUUUAGAUGUUUGGUCGACGAUCCCUAUCCAAGCCUUGCAAGCGCUGCAUGUCCCGAAUUUCCCCCAAUUAGCGGGAUUUCUUACACUAUCUUCGCUCUCUUAAUGGCAUACUGCAUACUCACCAUCAUCCUCUGUAUCGUCGGCAAAGUCAAAUCCCACGACCACAAAGUGUGGCUCGUUCAAGCGUAUUAUGCCGAAUACUUUGGGAAAGAGCCGCCAAGGCCCGUCUUUCAACCGGCGCCUCAAUAUCUUUACUAUGGUGACCCGAACCAGUUCCAGCAACAGGCUGGUACCCCGGGCGUACCCCCGAUGGUGUAUGUCCCUCAGGGACAAGAACAGACGGGUGUACCGAUGAUGAUGCAUAACGGGCCCCCUGGUAUACAUACUUCGGAGUCUCCUUCGCCCCCUCUUGACCAGAAGGUUUGAUCUUCAUUUAUUGCUAUAAUUAUAUAUUGUUCUGGUACACGUGGGAACUUAUAUGAAUCAAGUCGUUAUAGAAAAAUGCCAGCUCAAACGGUCGAGUAUGAUUUCAGCACUUAGCAACAAAGCCGG